GUUACUGAAAACACGUGUGUUUGUUUUGAAUUAAGUGGGCGUGUCGAUAUUACAUAUCGAUUGGCUGUUUACGGGUGUUUACGGGUGAAUAGGGUGAAUUAUUCCGUGCUACGCAUGAAUUGUACACAUAUAAAGUAGGAUUCGGGGUUUUUAAGUUAUUCGAAGUUCGAUGCCACUUUGCAACAGACUACGAGAAUCUAACUCUAUGUCGUCGAGGCAGACUACAGAUUUCCUAGCUGAAAUUAGAGACCAGCCUAUGGACGACUCUAUUCUUGACGAGCCCUCCACUCUUACGGCACCUGGAAUUUCAAAUACAGCGCCCAGCAGACCAGAGGCCACGUCGGAUAUUGCUGACACAUUUAACCUGUUCAAAUCCUAUUUGGAUUCAAAACUUGAGAACCUGAAGGACCAGCUUUCCACUGGUAAUGACUUUGACUCCUUAGCUAAGCAAAUAAAGAAAGAAGUAUCCGUUAACUUUAAUCACGAAGGGAACAAAAUUCAGUUCAAUUUCAAUUCAGAAAUAUUGAGUGAUUUAUCAAAAUUACAGAAACGUUUGUCUGUUAAAGAUUCGUCAUCGGCCAGUAUUGUUUCUUCUAUUAUAACAAAGUUGUCUAGGAGAAACAAACUCAUUCGCAUUGCUGACAAGUCUCCGGCCGGUUGGACAACAGUGCGGGAAUAUGAAAGUGACGACCUCGCCUCUGACUCGGACGAUGAGAAGCGCAUGCGACAAGCUGAAAACCGUGCACCCCGCACGCUCAGAGAGAGACGGCGCUAUCGUCCUUACAAGAAACCCUCUGCAACUGUCUCUACUCCUUCUGACGAUCGCAGUCCUGCUCCUACGUCCUUUCAGCGUUCCUUUCGUCCCUACACAAAGCAACGUAGACAACCCUCGCCGUACGAUAUCUGCUACAAUUGCCGAAAAUACGGACACUGGAAAUCCCAGUGCACAGCGCCUUCAGUCCAGUCCAGCGCCUCCAGUGUUGGCGUUAACAAAUAGAUCAGUAGAGAAUUUUUCAGAUAUCUUUAAUCAAGGAAAAUGGACUACUUCCUGGGCGUGCGCGGAACCUUCUUUAGAGCCAUUGGCUAGCAGACUUCCGGAAACUUGUUUAAAAUCAAAAGCUGAGAAUACACGCACAAAGUACAGCGGAGCAUUCAAUAGAUUCUGUAAGUGGUGUUCACGUUAUAACAUCUCUUCACUACCAGCCUCAGACUAUAACGUUUCCCUAUAUUUGAUUCAUCUCGGCGAUACAUGUAACUCAGUAGCUACAAUAGAUGAAGCUUUUUACGCUAUAAGUUGGACACAUAAAUUGUGUGGAUUUCCCGAUCCUUGUACUUCAUUCCUUCCUAUUUCAACAAGGGAAGGAUGCCACAGAUCUAUUGGACACCGAGGGAGAA